AUGGAGCCUGGAGCAGACGAAAUCCUGCCCCUUCCCAACCAGGCUGCAGCCGGGCAGGGGGCCCAGGGCGCUGUGCGCCAACCCUACCUGCUCGCAGGACACACGGACGUCCUCGGAGGACCUAUACCGAAAGGUGUUCGUCUUCCGGAAGGACCCCAGCGACGCCUACGUGGUGCUGAGGGCGCAAGGCUGGGGGUCAGCAGAGAGGAUGUCAGGGACGUGGAGUCACCCAGAGGGGAUGGGGGGAAAGCUCAGAGGCAGUCAGAGGGGGCUGCAGUACCCCCCGGCCUCCCAGUGCAUCCCCUCUCUUGUCCCCAAGACCUAUACCGAAAGGUGUUCGUCUUCCGGAAGGACCCCAGCGACGCCUACGUGGUGCUGAGGGCCAAGCUGGAGCAGCCACUGCAGAACUUCACCGUGUGCCUGCGGUCCUACACCGACCUGACCCGGCCCCACAGCCUCUUCUCCUAUGCCACCAAGGCGCAGGACAACGAGAUCCUGCUCUUCAAGCCCAAGCCCAGCGAGUACCGGCUCUAUGUGGGGGGCAAGUUUGUCACCUUCCGCGUCCCCGAGGGCCACGGGGACUGGGAGCAUGUCUGUGCUAGCUGGGAGUCGGCCACGGGCAUUGCCGAGUUUUGGCUCAAUGGGAAGCCCUGGCCCCGCAAGGGGCUGCAGAGGGGCUACACGGUGGGGGUGGAGGCGGCCAUCCUGCUGGGGCAGGAGCAGGACGCCUUCGGGGGCGGCUUCGAUGUCUACAACUCCUUCUCAGGCGAGCUGGCCGAAGUCUACCUGUGGGAUGUGGGGCUGUCCCCAGACAAGAUGCGAGCUGCCUACCAGUCCCUGUACCUGCCGCCCGCUGUCCUGGCCUGGAAGAGCCUGGUCUACGAGGUGAAGGGCGAUGUGGUGGUGAAACCCCGGCUCCGGAAGGUGCUGGGGCCGUGA